CGACUGGAAAACCUGUUAAAAGCCGCUAAAAUUCUGUCCAUGUCGACAUUGUUGUUGUUUUGGCAUUAAUUAGUGAAGAAAUAUUUUGGAUUUUUGUCAUUUCCAGGCAAGUAAUAUUAUGCAAAAAUCGGGCAUGUAAAAUGGUCAGCGAGGAAGAUGAGUAAGGCGAUUGGGCAGGUGUGUGCGUGCGUGUGUGCCAACGCAACCUCUCCCCCUCCCACUCGUUCCACUAAUUGCUUCCACUACGGCAAACGGAAAACACAAAGCCGGCGCUUUAUCACGCUUAUCAGCAAACAACCUCAACCACCUGUAGCUAUAGCCACACAUUAUUCCCAACUUCCCGGCGAUGGCGUAAUUGUUUUGAUAAUGCAAACAAUGAGCGCUCGCCCAUUUUUAGCCGGGCGACAUUGAAGAGAAAUUAAAAGUAAAUAAUAGUG